GGUGAAUAUAGCAACUAGAAAGAGAUGUAUAUACUGCUCUCCCCCAAACGAUUCUGCGAAAGCCGAACACAAAAGAAAAAUUUUAAUAACCGAAGCAAGCGAGUGUCUGACAUUUUUUAAUUGUGUAUGCAAUUAGUCCUGUUUAACGCUAAAAUAAGCUUACUUUGUAAAUACAGUGUACAUAGAAUAUGAGCACACAAACUCGUAAUAGCGGCGGCAGUCGCAAUCAGAAGAAAUCAAAUUCUGGCGGCGGAGGUGGCGGUGGAGACUCAGUUUCACAGACUUCACACAAGAAGACGGAUAAUUCAAAGACAGAAAAGGAGAAAUCUCAUCCAAAGCCAACAGCAGAACAGUUACGUAUUGCCCAAAUAACCAACAGCAAUACAUCGGAAGAUCCACAGAUGCGUGAAAAAGUCGCCACACUUAUAGAGAUGACACAAAGAUCCGAGGAGGAGGUCUGUUGUGCACUGUAUGAAUGUGACAACAAUUUGGAAAGUGCAGUAUUGUUUCUGUUGGAGACACUGCCAGUGGGAGCGUUUGAAACAUCUUCUAAGAAGAAAAAGAAUAAAGCUGCAAAUGCUGCACAGGAUAACAAUGCGGGCGGGGGCGAUGGGGAAUGGGCCGAUGGCAAUGCCAAUACGGACAAACGUGAAAAAUCACGUAAUCGUAACAGUAGUAAUCGCGGUGGACGCGCAGGUUCUGACAGUCGUGGAUGGCGUGGCAGAGAGGCCCGUGAAAAUGAACGCAACGCCAGAGGAGGUGGUGGAGAUCGAGAUGAUCGCACCAAUGACAAUUACCGUGGCGGCCAACGUGGUAUUGGUGGUGGUGGCGGCGGCGGUGAUGGUCGUCGUGGAGUCGGUGGUGGCCGCGGUGGCGGUUAUGUUGGUCGCGGUGGCCGAGGAGGCGGCCGUAUGGGCGGUAACCGAGGGGCCGGUGGCCGUGGUGAUCGCAGUGGUGGCGGUUAUAAUUCACGUUAUAACAACACCAAUGACGACCACCAAGAGGUGGAAUUGUGGGACAACACCAUAGCCCAAAAUGCAGAAAAGCAGCAGCAACAGAGCCAAGACGAUGCAUGGGGCGAUUGGGAUAAUGAGGAGUAUGUUGGUUCCCUGAAAGACAGUAAGGUCUUUACAACGAGUAAUCUACCGAAUCAAACGGCGGCCAGUGUGUUGAGCAGUGGUCUAGCUGGCAGUGGUGGCGGCACUGUCAGUGGUAGCACGACGAGUACAACAGCGGGGGUCUCGGGUCAAGAUAUAUCAUCGCAACAGGGACUGGACCAUCAUCAUCUUGGUACAUCGGUGAUUGGCAGCAGUUCGUUGCAGGGUCAGUCACAGGGAUCUCAUUUGAAUACCUUAGUGGGUAGUAAUGUCGUUAGUUCCGGCCUUGACGAUAACACGACCAGCAACUUGUCGACACCAAUUAUGCAGUACAGUGCCGCAGUUAGUAGUACGCCGCAAAUUCAACAGCAGCAACAGCAACAACAACAGCAGCAGCAACAGCAAUCGGCGGCAGUUGGUGGCAGUUCGCUAAGCACUAGCGUCAGCAGUAUCAGUGGAACUAUGGGCAAUUCACAAUACGGCAGUGCCGUUGAUAGUUUCUCGAAUGCAGCAACCGCAGCAGCAAAUUUGGUGCAACAGGCUCAGCAACAGCAUCUCGAACAACAAAUGAAGUCAUCGACAACUUUGUCGGUGGAACAAUCACAGUAUUUCAAUUCGUUGACGUCGCAGAACACUGCUGGACAAUCUGUGGUGGGUGGCAGUGUGCCGCAACAGCAGCAGCAACAAAUGGGUUCAUAUGGCCAGAAUCCAAGUAGUGUGCAAUAUGCGACAUCAUAUGCCAAUGUAUUUGGUACGGGAACGACUAGCACCGGCAGUUCGGCGAUAUCAAAUGAUCCCACGUCACAGAUACAAGGUGGCCAACAGCCGCAGGUUCGUCGGGCCCGGGCCAAACUUCCUCCCCCCUCAAAGAUUCCAUCAAGUGCUGUCGAAAUGCCAGGCGAUUCGCUGAAUAACAUGGGUUACAUCGAUGUACAAUUCGGUGGCUUGGACUUUGGUACAGAUGAUUCCUUUGAAAAUCUGUCGGAGAAGUUCAAUACCUCGGUUACAUUGGACAGCCAACAAUCGCAACAACAACAACAGCAGCAGCAACAACAGCAGGCCCAACAAAAGUCGUUGGUGCAAUCGCCACAGGAUGUUAGUGCUUCAGCGUAUGAUCAAAGUAAAGCGGUGACACAACAGCAACAACAACAGUCGUUAACAGCUGGUUUGCCCAACUCUCAUUUGGUGACUGAUACCCUAACUGCUGCGGGUUAUACACAACGUUCUGCAACACAACAACAACCACAACAGACUCAACAAAUUUCCAGUGUCAGUGGUACAACAGCACAAGGUGUUAGCGCCAGUGGCACUAAUGCUUUGGAUCAAUUAACCAAAAGUGAUCCUUAUCAACAGAACACCACUUCAGCGACUUAUCAAAGCUCCUACCAAAGCAGUGCUAAUGUUGCAAACAAAACUGGUGUGGCAAAUGCCUAUCAGCCUUCUGUAGCCUCUCAGGGUUAUAGUAAUUCCGCAUAUGGAAAUGUUCAGUCAUCGGUUGCAAAUUCAUAUCAACCUCAAGCAUAUGGCUCGUAUCAACAGAAUUCGAUGUUCAUACCCACAACACAGCAACAGUCUGCCACCCAAGCUGCCCAGAGUGCUUCAAAUGUAAGCGGAGGUUCUGUGGCCAGUGUGGGUGGUGUUUCAAACUCGACACAAAACAUUCCCUCUGUUGGUGGCAACAGUAAUAGUAGUGCAACAGCAAAUACAAAUUCCAGUUAUUUGUCAUCUGCCUAUGGAUCACAGCAAAAUGCUUACCAGUCGAGCCAAAGUGUUUAUGGCACCACUGGUUUAUCAAAUAGUUCAGGGUACACGGGCAGCACGAAUACAUCAUCGUCUCAGUAUAGUAACUUUAGUACUAGUGCAAAAUUGAAGGAUCCCACCUCCACAUCGUCAAAUACAGCUCAUUACGAAAGUGUAUCAUCUAGUAAUGCCAUUAACAGCAACAGUGGUACAUCUGUAAAUUCCGUUUCAAGUGGCGUCAAUUCCAAUAAUGCCGUGACAAAUAGUAUGAUCUCAUCCACUUUGGGUGCAUUAACAAGCAAUACAAAUGUUAAUAAUCCUUCUUCUCUAGCUAACAACAAUGCCAAUAACAGCAGCUCAAAUAGCAGUUCUGCAAACAAUGCCACAUCAAAUGUGGUAUCACAGUCUGCUGGCGGCAGCAGUGGCGUUGGCGGUGUUAGUGGUGUUGUGAAUAGCAGUAGCAAUAGCAGCAAUAAUGUUAAUGCUAACAGCAGUAGUGGCGCUACAUCGUCCGGUGUCAGCGGCAGUACUUCGGCGGCCGUGGCUGCUGCAUCAUCGAGCGGUGUCUCCUCCGCGACGAAUAAGACUGGUAGUGGUGUAACGGGUAGUAGUGGUGGCGCGCCCACGGGUGGUAGUGGUGGCGGAGCUGGUAGUGGAAUGGUACCCAACAUCCAAAUGGUUAGUCAAUAUAUUCAGACUUCAUUGCCAUACUAUCAGCAACCAGUUUAUUCUUACGAGGAUUUACAAAUGAUGCAACAGAGAGUGCCACAUGUGCAAGGUUAUUACGACCUAAAUUACACGCCCACAAGCCUGGGAGCUGGUCGCGACAAUUUGGGCUCAGUUGCCUAUUCUACCAUGACUGAUGGCCGUUUUACCAGAACUGACAAUAAUUCCAGUCCUGUUAGUAAUGUUUCAAGUACAAUGUCACAACAAGCCGGUUCUAGCGGACCCAUGCUUAAUGUUCCUUACGCUUAUUUCUAUGGCGGAAAUGUUAUGCCCGGCAGUUUUCAGUAUGGCACUCCUGCUAUUUAUCCGCAAAUUCCAGCUGCUAACACAGCAUCUGGUGGACAAUUUCCCAAACCUUCAUACAACACAGGCUAUGGUUCAACGAACUAUGAUGCUCUUUCACAAGCCUCUCAAGACUAUACCAACAAAACCUACCCCUCAAGUGUUAAUCAGCCCACAAAAUCCCAAAAUGUAACAAAUCCUCCGCAAGCUGGAACAGCCUCUGACAUUACAUCGUCUAUGUAUGGCAAAACGCAUGUAGCACUUAAUAAGGUCAAUUCUUACGAAAAACAGAAUUUCCAUUCGGCUACGCCACCACCAUUUAAUAUGGCAAAUACCCAAACAGCUGGCGGCACCUCAGCCCAGCCAUAUGGCAUGUAUUUACCCACAAUGCCUGCUGCUGCAGGUCAUCAUAUGAUUCAUCCCCAGAUUCAUCAGAUGGACGGCAGGAUUCACAAUUCAUCCCGCCGGGACUCCAACAGUACUGGUCAACGUCAACCCACAAGUAGCCAAUCGAAAUCGGCUACCAAGCAAGGAUAUUCACCCUCCUAUUGGACUGGUCAGAAUUAAGCUCAUUUUGUUUUUCUAAGACACACAGACUACUACUGCUACAUACAUACAUGCAUACACCCACUUUUACAACAAGAACCACAAGAAGAAAUGCUGGCGAUCUCCUACUCCUCCUAUUUCAUGAUGAUGAAUAUACAUAUUAAACUUAAAACAAACAAAAAUAUAAUGGAAACAAUAACAAUAAAAAAUGUUUUUGAUAAAGUCGUGGCCAUGUUGAUGCAGCCGCUGCUGUCCACACCAAUCAACUGCAAUGCAGGACAUGAACCAACAAAAAAGAAGAAACCCUCUCAACAUAACAUCAUAUAUAUACCACAUAAAAACAAGUAUAUAAGGAAUAUCUCCGUCAGUUUUUAAAGAAUAGUUAGUGAAAACAACAUUUUUUUAAAUUUUUAAACGCAUCUCAAACCCCCUCGUCGUCGUCGUUGUCAACGUCAAUAUCCUUUUUUCUAUAGUUUUAUACAACAUGCCGUCUUCUUAUUUAUUCUAUCAACAACAAAGAUUUAAGAUAACCAACAAAGGAUCUACCAACUAGAUGAAGCCGCCGCGAAUCCUCCUCCUCCCCCUCCACACAUACAACAACAAUCAAUCAUAAAUCAUAGAAAUUUUUCAUGCAUUCUAAUAUUUUUUUAAAGCCACAUCAAAAAAAAAGUAUCAACAAAUAAUUUAAUUAAAAUUAAUUAUUAUACAUUAUUACAUGAGAUGGAAAAGAGAAACAUAAAAAAAGGAAACGAAACAAAAUACUAUAUAUAUAUAUAUAUGUAUGUACUACUACUAAAAAAACCAAACAGAAAACAACAUGCACGAGAAAACAAAUUCUAAUAAACAAAAAAACCCCUGUUGUGAGUGGUGGGUAUAAAGAUGAAUAAAACAAAAAUAUUUGUAAUCAACAACAAGAGGAAAACAACAAAUAAGCUAAUACCACACGUUGCAAAGCAAAAACAUUCUUUUUUUUUUUGGUAAUAGAUGAAACACACGAAACAAAAUCGUCUAAAAAAGUUUAAUUGAAACCAUAAACCAGAAGGAGAACAGGCAAACAAACCAGAAUUCAGAAGAAACAGAAGAAAAUAAUCAUAAUUAUUAUAAUAAAACAAAACAAAUAUUGUAAUCGGUUUAAACUUAUAUGUAUAAUUAUAAUAAUCUUAAUAUUUAAAUUAAAUACAACAAACAAAAAUAUGAUUGAAUCCAAACAAAA